AUGUCCCACGCUUGGUGCCUGCAGUCUAGCAGCAACGGCGCCUCCAGCGCCGUGGCUGUGCAGCCGGGCCUGCUGCUGCCGUGCGGCGAGGCGGGGGCGUGGGACGAGGCGGGGGUGGGCCAUGCCGUGGUGCGCUACUUCCUAGGAGAUGACGAGCAGCGCUGGUUUAUGUGGUACACGGGGCGCUCGGAGGCCUGCCGGGACAUGGACGACAUCUUCCCCUCCUCCGGAAGCAUAGGCGUGGCGGUGUCUUCCGACGGCAUCAACUGGCGGCGGGGGUCGGGGCGCAUCGAGGGCUCCCGCGGCCCGCAGCGCUCGCUGGACGUGGGCAAGGUGCUGGAGCCCAACGGCGACUGGUGGUGGUUUGACACCUGCCACAUGAACGUGGCCGACGUGCAGAUCCUGUCCAGCAGCUCGGUCAGCGGCGGUACCGGCGUGUACUGGAUGUUCUACAGCGGCGGCUCCUUUGAGCCCGUCUCCCUGCCCGCGGGCAUGUCGCAGGCACGUGGGGGGUGGGGGGUCUGCGCCAGCCUGGACGACGAGGGCGGCGACCUGGAGGGCCUGCGCCUGCGCCCCGGCCUGGCCAUGAGCCAGGACGGCCGCAACUGGGCUCGCAUCGAGGCGGAGCACCACACGGGGGCGCUGUUUGACGUGGGGAAGGCGGGGGAGUGGGACGAGCUGUUUGUGGGCGGGCCGCAGGUGGUGGCGGCGGGGCCCCGCGACAUGCGCAUGUACUACCACUCGUACGACCGCGCGCGCCAGCGCUACGUGGUGGGCCUGGCCACCUCGCCCGACGGCUUCAAGUGGAAGAAGAUGGGGCCCAUCUUCGAGGGCGGCUCCUCCGAGGCCGACUUUGACGCGCGGGGCGCCGCCACACGCUGCGUGGUGCGCGACAUCGACACCAAGCAGUACUUCAUGUUUUACGAGGCGGUGGGCGCAGACGGCGGGCGCAGCAUCGGCCUGGCGGUGUCGCAGGACGGCCUGCGGGGCUGGCGGCGCUGCCCGCAGCCGGUGCUGGAGGGCAGCGGCGUGGCGGGGGCGUGGGACGAGGGCGGCGUGGGCUGCCCCUGGGCGGUCAGCAUGGCGGGCGGCAAGUGGCGGCUCUACUACUCGGGGCGGGCGCAGCGCGGGGCGGGCGCCUGGCGCGGCAUCGGCAUGGCUCGCAGCGUGGAGGGGGGGCCCGCCUUUGAGGGGGGGGCCAUGCAGUUCCAGCGGCAUGCAGCCGACUAGUGCGCCGAGCCCAGCAUGCACCUCCACUCGUCUUCCUCCCUCGGUUGUUUUGCCAAAUCUCAGUGCUCACCCUUUCUGUUUGCAUCUGCGCUCGCUAGCACAACACAUGAACUCACGUUCUCAGUCUCUUGCUGCUGCCCUGUAACGCACUGC